AUGGUGACGUUGAAAAUAGUAAGUGGUAAUAAGUGUUCAAUGGACCCUAGAAGCGUUGAAGUUAAUUUUUCGUUCAGCGUUAGGUCGACACACUUAUUUGUUUAUGACAUUCCCGAGGAAUUACAUGGUAUUGGUCGCGAAAAUGCACUUUGCCGGAUUGAUGGCAAUACCAUAUUUUUGAUAUCGAUCGAGUAUCAUGAGAACGUUCUUUUCGUGUCCGCCCUCGUUGCGAUAUCGUUCAAAACGUCAUAG